GUACUCUCAGUUCUCUGACAAACUUCUCUGUUCACCGUACCACCUCAUUUACGCAUAUCCGUUCCGAUCGUCAGUUCCAACUAUGAAGCUUAUUGCAUCCCUCUCUAUCGUCCUUGUAGCGGGCCUAGCAAACGUCGUCAACGCUGCAAUAAUCUGCGGAACAUGCGCCUUCAGCGGGACGUACUGUGAUGCUGGAGGCUCAUAUCACCUAUGCUAUGGGCAAGCAGGAUGUGGCGGCGCUACGGCCUGUCCUGGUGGCUGCUAUUGGGAUCCGGACAACCCGGAAUACAACGGACAGGCCCAGUGUUAGUGGAUGCGCUCAUACCGAACAAAGUCAACGGUGCCAGUUUCUAUGGAAGAGGGGUGGGACUCAUGGAUGGGCUUUGCUGUACCGCGUUCAAAACUAUUAUCAAUUUACC